GGCUGGGCCUUGUUUCGGAGCCUAUGAGAGCGUGGCUCUAGGGGGCGGGCCGGACGGUGGUGGCGGCUGCCGGGGAGGCGGCGGCGGUGGCGGACAGGGGAGGCGGCGGCCUGGCUUGGCCUGGCCUGUCAGGGCGCGGGUGGCGGCGGCUCCAGCACCAUGUCCCUGCAGUACGGGACGGAGGAUGCGCCCCUCGCCGGGAGUUACGGCGCAGCGGAUUCAUUUCCAAAGGACUUCGGCUACGGCGUGGAGGAGGAGGAAGAGGAGGCGGCAGCUGCAGGCGGCGGGGUUGGGGCGGGGGCCGGCGGAGGCUGUGGCCCGGGGGGCGCUGACAGCUCCAAGCCGCGGAUCCUGCUCAUGGGGCUCCGGCGCAGCGGCAAGUCUUCCAUCCAGAAGGUGGUGUUUCAUAAAAUGUCACCCAACGAGACUCUCUUUUUGGAAAGUACCAACAAAAUUUAUAAAGAUGAUAUCUCCAAUAGCUCCUUUGUGAAUUUCCAGAUAUGGGAUUUUCCUGGGCAAAUGGACUUUUUUGACCCAACCUUUGAUUAUGAGAUGAUCUUCAGAGGAACAGGAGCAUUGAUAUAUGUCAUUGAUGCACAGGAUGACUACAUGGAGGCUUUAACAAGACUUCACAUUACUGUUUCUAAAGCCUACAAAGUUAACCCAGAAAUGAAUUUUGAGGUUUUUAUUCACAAAGUUGAUGGUCUGUCUGAUGAUCACAAAAUAGAAACACAGAGGGACAUUCAUCAAAGGGCCAAUGAUGACCUUGCAGAUGCUGGGCUAGAAAAACUUCAUCUUAGCUUUUAUUUGACGAGUAUCUAUGACCAUUCAAUAUUUGAAGCCUUUAGUAAGGUGGUACAGAAACUCAUUCCACAACUGCCGACCUUGGAAAACCUAUUAAAUAUCUUUAUAUCAAAUUCAGGUAUUGAAAAAGCUUUUCUCUUCGAUGUUGUCAGCAAAAUCUACAUUGCAACAGACAGUUCCCCUGUGGAUAUGCAAUCUUAUGAACUUUGCUGUGACAUGAUUGAUGUUGUAAUUGAUGUAUCUUGUAUAUAUGGGUUAAAGGAAGAUGGAAGUGGAAGUGCUUAUGACAAAGAAUCUAUGGCAAUUAUCAAGCUGAAUAAUACAACUGUCCUCUAUUUAAAAGAAGUGACUAAAUUUUUGGCAUUGGUCUGCAUUCUUAGGGAAGAAAGCUUUGAACGAAAAGGUUUAAUAGACUACAACUUCCACUGUUUCCGAAAAGCUAUUCAUGAGGUUUUUGAGGUGGGUGUGAGUUCUCACAGGAGCUGUGGUCACCAGACCAGUGCCCCCAGCCUGAAAGCAUUGACACACAAUGGCACGCCGCGAAACGCCAUCUAGCGUGAACCCCAGUGCUUGGGGCUCUGUGCCAGCUUGCUCUUCACUCCAGGGUCAGAUGUCACGUGCUAUAGGACAAGGGAGCUGCUGCUUGUGGGAACCUGGUGCCUGUCCCACUAGAGACAACAGGGAGAGUUUCUCAUUUGGAUGAAAACCCCUUCAACCGGUGGGGUACAACUGAAGCUACUAUCUCUUUUUUUUAAAAUGGCAAAAAAAUUCUAGAGACCACAGAACUCAAGUGUGUCUUUCCCCGCUUUUGGGUCCCACUUUACUAGUUGGGCUCUUUUGGACCUGGAGAGGACACCAGUUCCCUGUCUUUGCCGGGAAUGUCGCCGUCAGUUACCACUUGAGAAUAAUAGAAAAAACUGAAUUUUUAUACGCUUCACUUAGGUUUUCAUUUGAGUAGUCUUUAAAAUUCCUGCCUUGCUUAAGUUCUAACACUGCCUCUCAGAUUUCAAUUUUGGACAUUGCACACUUAAGACCUUUUAAAUGCAUUUGCUUGCUAACUCAGAAGACACGUAAUCUGACUGCAGCAAAAGACAUUCCUGUAUUUGUUACUGAAGAAAAGAGAGAACAUUUUACGCUGCAUCAGCUGGAGGGCAAGGAUCAACAGUGGCUACGUUAGUUAGUUUGGAAAUGUUGAGGAAAAACUCUGAAACUGAAGAAAAUUUUGCACCUGUGUUUUUGGGUACCUCAUGUCCGGGUUUUUUCUCUUGGAUUAGAUAAAUGAUCAUGAUCAGUGUAACAAAGGGAAUUAAAAAGAAUCCCCCUGCCCCAGUUUCCUCCAUCUAGGGGAGAAACUCCUUGUAUCACUGAAAUAUAUAGAUCACUCUUCUUUCAUCUUGUUAUGGGCCACUGUAUACCUUUUAUUCUAAGCUAUCUAGAUUCCUUAAGAAUUGCUGUUUUGUUGACCACGAAUGACCCUAAGGCACUGGUGAAACUGGCCACUGGGAGUUGGAGCGAGCACAUGGUGCCACAACAUGUGUUGUUUCACAUACUUUGUCUCCGGUAUUCUGACACCAAGUGUCAACUGUGGUACUUUCUUUGCUUAGAAUAUUAAUUCUUAAUUGUUUUCUUUUUUGUUGAUGGUUGAUACCCUUUCCGUUGAUUUAAAUUUACACAUUAUUUUUACUCCACAUGCCCAGUAGUCAUAUAUUCCAAAGCCACUGGACCCCUUGAGUACAUAAGUGCCACUGUUUUAUGAAAUAUGUAUAUUCAGGUCUGUAAACCUAACAGUGUGACUUGGAGUGCUUCCUGCAGAUGAUUCUGACUGUUGAGUAUUUACAUGGACCAUGGUGAUAUCCAAAAGAAAAAUGCUUUUAUAUUUAUAGAUUAUUUCCUUGAACUAUAUAAAAUGGGUAUCAAUAAAUGUAUUUACUCCAAAA